UUUCGCGUCGCAGUUUCCAACUUUUAGUACACACGGAACAGAGUUCGCGGGAGGGUGCGCGCGUGUGUGCUUUUAGCGACGUUACGGGCAGACCCUACCCAGGUCGCCGAGCUCUAGCUUCCCCGAUGAAGCUACAGCUGCAGCCACUGCCCUGACGAUAAUUCAAUUAUAGACACAUUUUUUUUUUUAAAUAAUUCAUCCGACAAGGUUUUUGGAAAAAGCUGGAGGAGGAUCAGAUCAAACAAAAAUGGUCACGACGACGCACGAUAACGCCUUCGGGCCCAGAAAAACGGUGGUCAUACUCGCAGUCGUCGCGGGCUGCUUUGCCGUGCUCUGGCCCAAAAUUUUCUACCCGAUGCUCAUAGCCUCGUACGCACCGCCACCCAGUGCGGAUAGCACCGGCUGCUGCGACGUGAUAUUCGAAAGCGACGUGACCGCCGUUGACAUAAUGCAGGAGCUCUGCCACAACAUAAUAAGACACCACCAGGUUGAUCCCCGGGUACGGGAUGCCAUUGAGACGAGCAAAUUUAACAAGCUAAGCCCGUCGAGCGCGAGCUUGUGCCGAGAGGAGGUGCUCGCCAGGUGCGGCAUUGACUUGUCCUCGUUUCUGGCCGAGAAAGAGAGACUGAAAAAGUCAUACAAACAGGUCUUGGAGGAGAUCAGGGGCUUUAAUGGCUCUUUCUGCCUGAAAAUGCAAUUUGGCGUGCCGUUGUCGCGAUUGGGCACGCCCCAUCUCAUUAGAUAUCACAUACUGAUGCCGCACAGUACUAUAAAACAGGAGAGAGCAACACCUCCACAUGCCGGAAAUUAUCACCCUGCUCUCAGAGAACGUGGUAGAGCCAUUCCAUCAUCCCAUAUUGUACCCAACAUCCAAGACAGACCUGACCACGUACAACCCAUGAAAAUGAGGCCGCCUAUGGGCGCCGGCCAUAUGGUGUCAACGCCUAAAGGCAAUGGCUCCAUGGGAAUUCUCAUGCCACUUUACACUGUUGGCAUUGUUAUCUUUUUUAUCUAUACAAUAUCAAAGGUACUUAUGGGAAUCAUCAUGCCCCUUUAUACGAUCGGAAAUGUUGUAUCUUUACUCUAUAAAGUUCUCCAGCUCCUCAGAAAAUCAUCGGAUAGUGAAAUAUUGCGACGGGAGUAUUCAACAGACGCAGCCGAAAGAGAGUACCAAAAAUUGGUUUUCAAUCCCGAGAUUUUUGCCUCAGCUGUAACUGCAUCCAGUAAAGCACACUGUGAGAAAAAAGAACAGAGACCUGAUACCCCGGAGGAACCGGUGCCUUCUAUGGAAGAAUUAAAAGAACCCUUACAUGAAUAUUGUACAUGCUGCUCUCUGGGGAUGAAAGAAGCAGCUGGAGAUAUAGAAAUAGACCAGCUGAGGCGGCGUUUGGUAGAAACGGAAGCGGCUAUGGAGCGUAUCGUUGCUCAAAUGAGCAACUUGUCGCGUUCUGUUGUGAAUUGUUCAACCCCCACACCAGAAUCCAAGGAAUCAAGCAUUUCUGAAGAAACUCCUGAUCAUGUUGACAAGGAGCUUGAAGAGUUACAUGAAACGCCAACAGUAAGAGUUGUAAAUAUGGAGAUGACUGCAUCAUGCGAAGGAGGUAGACGUAGUCGCCCAUCAACACCUAUUUUGGUACCUCAAUGCCCAACUGAGGACAGGGAGAAAACUCCUCCAAUCUCAAUUUACCUGGAAGGAGCCCUUCCCUCCCAGUGUGAGCUGCUAGUAACAGACUCAAAAACACAGGAGAUCCUGGAAGAAGAUGAGAACGUGGAAGUUCCAGUUGUUCUGUCCGGCAAAAUGACACUUUCCCUCAUCAGCCUUGACCAGGUAGCAGCUGAAUCCCCACAAGAUGAUCAGUUUGAAAGUACUGCUACACGCAAAGUAACGUCGAGUAAACAAGAAAAUUCACCGGUUGAUGUACAUAAAAAAAGAUUAGAAAAAUCAGACGAUAAACAUCAGGAAGCAAAGGAUAGUUAUGAAAGUGGUAGCGACGAAAGCGGAGAAAUCAGUGAUUAUGAUAAUUUGGAUAGUAAUACUGAUCUACUUAAUAAUCAGAAAUCAAUUGUUAAAAAAUUUAUAGAAUCCGAAAAAUUGUCUAGUAAAAAUUCAGUCAGCAACUCUGAUGAAGAAGAUUCUGAAACUGAUGAUUACAGACAAGAUUAUGAACGUAACGUAGCGCUCCUCAAAACGAUACAAAGAGAAAAAAAUCGUCGAUUGGAACGAAUGAAGGACAAUAACGACAGUGAGGAAGAAAAUGAAGACGAAGAAGAUGAGGAAGAAGAGGAGUUUGACGAUGAGGAAGAUGAAUUUGAGGAGGAGGAAGAGGAAGAGGAUGAUGACGAACAAGUAGAAGAAGUAGAAACACAAGAAGAAUAUGAGGAAGAUGGAGAUGAACUAGAAGACGAAGUAUCAGAAGAAGAAGACGAAGAAUUUGAAGAAGAGGAGGAUGAGGAGGAAGAAGAAGAAGAGGAAGAAGGGGAAGAAGAAGAAGAUGAAGAGGUAGAAGAAGAAGAAACUGAUGACAAAGAAACGAUGAAAAAAUCUCAAGAAAUAAAAAUCGAGCACAGUAAAAAUGCCACUAGUUUUAAAAAUAAAUAGGAAAAUCUAGUUAAAGUUGAAAGAAUUAACGUUUAUACGCAAAUUACGAUAGAAAAUUUAUAAAAGCGUUUUUUACCAAAUCAUAUUCGAACAUAAAUCUAUGUGAACUAGAACUUUUUUGCAUUUUUUCGGUAAACAGUUCUACAGUGUUCUUUUUUUUUUCAAUUAUCAUGGGUGUGCAUGUUGUUGAUAAUAUGUAGAUAAUUUUGUAUGCUAGAAAUAAAUUGAUCAACUGUGAAAGUCUGUACGAAUUUGAUUAAACUAAAAAGUAUGCUAUUCUUGUAAUUUUUAAAAAAGCAAUAAACUUGGUGCCAUUAAAAUAUUGUUUUCAAAAAAU